UCCACAGAGUAAUUCGCCAUUCAUGUUCGUUCGAAAAUUUAGUAAAUAUGAAGCUGUUUCAGACAUCGCUUGCAAUCAUCCUACUUCUAAGUGAUUUUCGAAUCAUUGUACAAGCUGGUGAAAGUGAAACAUUUACCUGCGGUCGGCGUCUAGUGAAUCAUGAAGCGUUAAUAGUAAAUGGUCAUACGUCCAAAGAAGGGGACUGGCCGUGGCAUACAGGCAUUUUGCAUAUUGAAAUAAAUCGGAAUAUAGAGUACAAAUGCGGUGGGACCCUGUUGAAUACAGAUUCCGUAUUAACUGCUGCCCACUGUGUUUACGAAAACGAUCGACCGAUAGUGCCGGACAGGGUCUUAGCUCAGUUGGGAAGGCACAAUUUAAAAAUAUCUGGAACACAUAGCCAGGACAUUGAAGUCUACCAAAUAUUCAUUCAUCCCAAUUACAAUGCAUCGAAUUUGGUCAAUGAUAUCGCCAUCAUGCGACUGGCAACGAAGGCUACAUUCAAUAAUUACGUGCAACCAAUUUGUCUGUGGGACUCGCACAAGGGGGACUUAUGCGAAGUUGUGGGAAAGUAUGGCACGGUAGUUGGUUUCGGAAUUACGGAAAAAGAUGAAAUAUCGUAUACGCUACGGCAAGCAGUCAUACCGGUGGUUGAUCUAGCUACUUGUCUGGAAAGCGAUCGUAAUUUCUUCGGAAACUUUUUAUCGGACUCUACAUUCUGUGCUGGGAACCGUAAUGGUACUAAUGCGUGUAACGGCGAUAGCGGAGGAGGUCUGACCUUUGCAGAAAAUGGAGCCUAUCGUAUACGAGGCAUCGUGUCGUUAACACAGGCGCGGUCCGAAAGUCAUGCGCGACUCUGUAAAACUGAUCAAUAUGUCGUUUUUACGGAUGUUGCAAAAUAUGUGAAGUGGAUCCGUGAUAUAGUGCCGGGACUACCAUCAGCUGCAGAAUCUUCUCUCCAAAAUCAAAGUGCAUCUCCCGAUGAAGUGAAAUAUUGUUACUUCCUAAACAACGAUCUCACAAACGCCAGAAUCCCGAGGGACGAGUGCGAGAACCGAUGCGCUUCCACACCGCAUUGCACUCACUUCACAUGGACCAACUACAACGAUGGAACUUGUUGGAUGAAACGAAAUCGGGUUACGGCAAACGAUGCGCAUCGCAGUGUGGACAGGUUGGCUGUGUGUGGAAUCGUCGAAAAUGUGUCUCACAUUUCGUGGAACGAAAGCAAUCUGGCUUUUGGCUGUGACUUUUGGGAAAAUGACCUGGCCAAUGUUAAAACCUAUGAUCAUCACGAGUGUAAUAUUCGAUGCGCAUCCAGAGAAGGUUGCACUCAUUUCGUGUGGAAUGAUUACAACGGUGGAACAUGUUGGAUGAAAGAAAAUUCGGUUGGCAGAAACGAUGCAUUUGUAGGCAAAGACAGAUCAGUUGUCUGUGGGAUCGUUGGAAAAAUUGAUUGGAACAGCAACAACUGGGCUUUGGGAUGCGAUUUUCGCGGAAAUGAUCUGAUAGAUCUUCGAUCUAGAAGUCAUGAAUGUGGUGGAUAUUGUGCGGCAAGUCGUCAUUGCACCCACUUCACAUGGAAUGCAGCGUUCGGUGGAACUUGUUGGAUGAAGCAGCACAAAGGAGUGACUAGAGACGACGCUCUUGUGACGAUGGAUUCGUCGUCUGUGUGUGGGAUAAAUUGAAUUUGCCGAAAGUAUAAACAAAACCAACUUUCGUUUCGUUUAAAAAUUUAUUAUUCAAACAUCGAUAGCGAUAAGGACACAUUUAUCAAAAUAAUUUCUAUUUCUCGUCCAUUAAAAGUAGAAACUUUAGACCUUUACACCCAAUAUCAAUAUGAAUAGCUAGAGAGCAAUAUAUUGUGCCCCUUUCGUCACGUCUACAUUCCUGAGGAAGACUUGUACUUCAUUU